AUGGUACUUCUGCAGUCUGCCUUCGAGGACGACGGUUGUCGCGGCUGGCUGCAGAGGUGCUCCAUGGACCGAAAAAGGCUCGGCCUCAUCUCAAAUUGGAGGAACCACUUCUUCAUCCUGACGCGGUGCAACGACAGACAACAUGCCUGCGGUACUGCAAAGAUGGGAUGUGCCAGAGGCUCGCUGGCUUCGUCCGGCCCGACCCAGCCGACGCGUGCGUCGUCUACCACGAGUGGCGUAUGGAGUAGACGCUGGGCCGGCCGCGCCCGCAACACCGCCGAGCACGACCGAUAGGCUGUGGCGCUGCGCAUCUUCGUUUAAAUCGUGGACUGCGCGACCAACUUCUGGAUGAGGGUCUGCCGCAAUGCGAGUCAGAGGUGAGUAGCGCAUAGGUUCUUUUCGCCUUGCCCGUUAAACCGCUUUGGUCAUUCCCCGUGGAACCGUUCUUAUUUUGCUCUCUCUGUGUCGCUGUUCUCUCGUUCCCAUUGUCUGCACUGUCUCUGUAGCGCUGUGAUAGGGUGGGAGCCGGUGGUCAGGGAAGGGGAAGACGUCUUCGACCGACAACUCUCGCCGAACAGCGGAGCUGCACGUAGACGACUAACACUGGCCGUGCGCUGCUGGAUGGCGGCGGGUGUCUGAGUAAAGCAUAAGGCAAUGCCCCCUUCAUCCUCCUCUGUGGAUCUCCCUGCCGCUGUCGCUUCUGUUGGUUGUUCUCUCCCUCCUCUGUACGUCCUGCUCUGCUCCUUUUCCCCUUUAUCUUCUCCUUUCCUCUCUCUUCUUCUUGUGCUGAGCCUUCUCUGCGACAGGUCUCACCAAAACGGCGAAUUCAGCUCAAUCGCGAGCGAGUCAAACGUCGAUACCUUUCGGAAGUGCUGACCGUAGCAGUGAGGCAUGAGGGGGGGGGGCGUUGUGUUUAAUUGACAUGCGGAAGUGAUCGCUACGCCUUGUGAAGGCGUGCCACAUUGUAACUCAGCUGCCAGCCAACCCACUUUUCUGGUGCUUCUCUGUGCGCUGAGCUCGCUUGGCGUAGGUGGGCUACGUCGAGCGUCGUGUCCUGUCACCUUCUCCCUCACCCCCCCUGCUGUGGUGCACUGCUGUUCUCUUGCGGCUGCUGGCAAGGCCCACAGAAAGGAAAGGAGGCCCGCAUGUGUUCCAGGUGCGGGUGGCAGGACAGAUAAGCCGCGUUGACGAGACGUCUGGCUUGUCUAUCGGCCGCCUGCUGCUCACCUCUCGCUCUCUCCUGUCUCUCCCUCUUUGCCAAUCGGUGACGCAGUGA